CAGUAAUAAAGAUACAUGUGGGAAAGAGAAAAAGUGGGUUCUUCACGGUGGUGGUGGUGGUGGUGGAAGAAAGGAAGAGCAAAACUGUGGCAAAGCUUCCAUCGGAAUGAGCUUUCGCCGCCGGCAAAUCUGAUGAUGGUGAUGAGGAUGCUUAUGGGUUGGUUGCGCAGUCGCCGGCGACGGUUUAUAUUCCUUGUUAUCUGCUCACCUUUCUUGUUACCUUUACUAUGUCUCGCUUUCCCUUUAUUCUGCUUUGCCGAGCUUUGUUUAAGGUUCUAUAGAUGGAGACAUAGAGGAGACAAAAAGGGUUGUAAUGAUCAGUGCGAGGAAGAAGAUGGUGGUUGUGGGUUGUGCAGAUGCGAAGAGGGUAGAGGAGGAGAACCCAUCGAGGUAAGAGAAGGGAGGCUUUUGCAGAGGUAUUUGGAAGAUCAAUUGGGUCUUGUGGGUUCUGUUUAUGAUUGUGGUGAUGAAGGGUUUGGUGAUUGUGAGGAAGAAGAAGAUGAUGAUUUGGGGGAGAAAACUAGCCCUCUUCUGCAAUGAUCCAUGGAGGAAGGCAAGCACAGAUCAAUUUAGUUUUUUUUUCCUUUUUGCCUUUUACCUUUGACCUUUUUUGCUUUUUUUCUGGGUUUCAACUUUCAAGUUGUUAUGGUCCUUUCAAUCGGAUUCCACUGUAAAACAGUAAAGCUGUAGAGAUAAAAGAGUUGAUAAUUUAUAAAUUUUUUGCUUUAUUAAGAAA